AUGGCAAUGGCUUCGGCUAUGAAACUUUUAGUUGCGGAUCAACGACCCACACUAGUUGAAGAAGUUACUAACAAUCCAAUGUACGUUCCAUGUUCGGCGUUAGGUGAACGUGAAAUAUCGAGUAUAGUACAAAUUGCAUUUGCUCCAAACGAUGCUGACUGUCAGGAGCGAGUCGAUAAACAUGGUGCACGUAAGGUUAUGUUAAAAUAUUUGUUAGUACUAAAAGCUAUCAAUGAUGAACGAAUACUACAGUUGGUUGAAAAAUGUUAUCAAAAACGCAGAUCAACAACAAGUGGAAUCAAUUGGAACAAUGUACAACAAGAAUACGAUAUAUCCACAAAAACUGACUUGUUUAAACGUGAUAUAACGGCAACAGAUGGUCUCUAUGAAUCAUAUUGGGAAAUUAGAUCCGACUCAACGAUCAUUGAUGUAAAACCAAAAGAAGCACGAAAACUAUUGGAUAUUCAUCGUGGAUAUGGAUUUCAAUUAGAAGAAUUGAAAGUAUAUUUUAAUUAUAUUCAAAUCGAUAAUAUUCCGUAUGCAAACUCGACAGUACCCGGAUUUAGUGAUGCUGAUGCACAAAUAAACAUGAAACAAUUUCCAACUAGAAUGAGACAAAAUGCAGGACAAAUUCAUAUAGAACAAUCAAGAAUUGAACAAGCCGUAUUCAGUGUACCAGAGGGAAAACAAGUUAUUGUACUCGAUUUUGCGGAUGAAAGAAUGCCAGGAGGUUUAUUUUUAUUUGGUGCCACUACUCAAGAGGAAACAAUAUGCUAUAAUUCCGAUUUAUAUCGGGCCUUGAUGGAUUAUAAAUAUAAAAAAUUCAAUGGUGGUUUUAUGAUACCAGAAUAUGGUGUACUUUAUAUAAAAAAUGUUACAUUUUUUGCUACAGCCGCUGCUUGUUAUGAUUUGACAAAACAACACGGCCUCUAUCGUAUACCAUCAAGACCCAUAGAGAGCACGCGUGAAAAAUUUCGUACGUUGGUUCGUGCAGCUCAAGCAAAUAGUGAUGGAGAUGGUUCAAAUACAUAUCUAAUAUUAGGUCCUAUUGGUACCGGUGCAUUUAAAAAUGAUGUGUCAAAAAUUGCCGAAUUAUUUAAUGAAGAAUUACAUUCGCCAUUAAAUGGGGAUAACAAUACACAACAACGUCAUGCAUUUGAUCAAGUGUGGUUUGUAUCAUCAAGCGAUGAAAAAAUAAACGUAUUUCAAGCAACUUUCAAAAAUGCUUCUAUCAAAAAAGCAGCUAAGCCAGUUAAGGAAAAGAGAGGCAAAAAACCUAGACAAUAA